CAUCAACACGCACGCCGACCACUUCCCAGAACCUCGCACGCCGGCUGCUGGACACCACCGCAUAGCUUUCUUCCUCCUCCGCAUCUGUUGUUGUGAAAGUAGUUCGCCAUGGCCGACAAGGACAAGAUGGCAAAGUAUCGGACCGAGAUCCAACAGAUGAUGUUCGUCUCCGGGGAAACGGGAGAACCCGCCGCCGAAACAACCACGCUCAUCGAAUCCAUCGUGCAAGACCAGGUCCAACAUAUGCUCCGCGAAUGCUCAGCCCUCGCCACCCGCCGCGGAUCCCGCGCCAUCUCUACUGACGAUCUCUUCAUGCUCAUCCGCCAUGAUCGCGCCAAGAUCUCCCGACUCCGCCACUUCCUCCAAUGGAAAGACGUGCGCCGCUCCGUCAAAGACUCCGACGACAAAGGUGGAGACGCCGGCGCCGACGUCGCAGCCGGGGACGCUGAUCUUGCGGUGGGAGUCGUUGCAGGCAGCGGUCCCGGCCCAGAACCUGGAAAGAAAGCGAAACGUGCAAAAGUCGACCUAGUCUGGGAAGUACAAUCCUUCUUCAACGAGAACCCGCCGGCCAAAGACGAUGUCGAAGACGAGGAGGAAGAGGAAAUGAAUUUCGCCACCCUGCAACGCCUCAAGAAUGCAGAUGAACGCACUAAGAACAUGACGCGUGAGGAAUACGUCCAUUGGUCUGACUGCCGCCAAGCUUCCUUCACCUACCGCAAGGGCAAGCGGUUCAAAGAAUGGGCUGGAUUCGGCGUCAUCACGGAUUCCAAGCCCUCCGAUGACAUCAUCGACAUCUUAGGUUUCCUGACCUUCGAGAUCGUGCAGACACUCACGGAAGAAGCGCUUAAAGUCAAAGAUGCAGAGGACCUGUACAAGAAGACGACAGGCGGCAAGCCUGAAAACCGACUGAAGCGCAAGCGAGAGCGCGGUCUCUUCGAUCCGCCUGAGGAAGCGAGGGAGCCGGUCCAGCCGUCUCAUGUCCAGGAAGCAUAUCGCAGGCUGCAGCGUGGUAACAAUAAAGCUAGGGCUAUGCUCAAUUUCUCGAGGCACGUGCAUCGUGCUGCUUUGAAGCUGAUCUAAACAAUUUCACAACUCUUGGAUUUUUCAACUAGGUGUUUCUAGGGAUGGGAGGCGUGGCGUUCACAUAUUCCUGCGAUACCCACUUAACAAAGAUAAGGAUGGAUUUUACGGAGUUACGAAGACCUUUAUACCUUAUCAUUUUCAGUCUACUCGGAUCAGGUGGCUUUUCCCCUUAGAAUUAUAUUGGGCUAGGAUGAAGGUUAUUAGCGUUGCAUCCAGUUUUUUAUCUGGCAUCAUCAAUUCUUCCAAAGUUCUGGCCGACGAAGUCUCAUCAUCAGGACGGUGGCUCGUUGC